GUGAUGGAUAAUGGGCUUGUUCAACUCACUUUUUCGAAACCAGGAGGCGAUUUAGUUGGAAUCAAAUACAAUGGAAUUAAUAAUUUGCUUGCCAUUCAUAAUCACGAAAAUGACAGAGGAUACUGGGAUGUUGUGUGGAGGACUCCAGAAAAAACUGGCCUUAGUGACAGAUUGCAAGGAACAAAAUUUAAGAUUGUAAAAGAAGAUGAGAACCAAGUAGAAAUUUCUUUCAGAAAAUCGUGGAACGUUUCCUAUGACGGUACCUCAAUUCCCAUAAAUGUGGACAAAAGGUACAUAAUACUGAGAGGCUAUUCUGGGUUUUACAAGUACGCUGUCUUUGACCGCCUUGAUGGAUGGCCAGCAAUGGGGAUAGGUCAAAUUAGGGCUGUGUACAAGCUUCACCCUGACAAGUUUACGUACAUGGCAAUAUCGGACGAUAGGCAAAGAAUAAUGCCAACAAAAGAGGACCGUCUACGUGGUCAACGGCUCGAUUAUCCUGAAGCUGUGAUUUUGACACAUCCAGAAAAUCCGCAACUUAAAGGAGAGGUGGAUGACAAAUAUCAGUAUUCAUGCGACAACAAAGACAAUAAGAUUCAUGGCUGGAUUUCCGAGGAUCCACCCGUGGGUUUCUGGAUGAUCACACCCAGUCAUGAAUUUCGUACGGAUGGGCCUUUCAAACAAGAACUCACCUCACAUACGGGCCCAACUGUCCUUUCUAUGUUUGCAAGUGGACACUACGCUGGGAGGGAAUUGGCAAUGAAGUUUAAAGAUGGAGAACCUUGGAAAAAGGUUUUUGGGCCUGUUUCGAUCUAUCUUAAUUCAGUUUCAAGCAAUGAAGCAAAUACCAGUCAUACACUCUGGAAAAAUGCUAAAGAGCAGAUGCAAGAAGAGGUUAAAAAAUGGCCAUACAAUUUCACUCAAAGUGAAGAUUUCCCUCAUGCGCAUCAAAGGGGCUCUGUUAGCGGUCAAUUACUAGUUCAAGACAAAUACAUGAAUGAGAGUCUUAUUUGGGGUAACUCUGCUUAUGUGGGGUUAGCAGCACCUGGUGACAAGGGAUCGUGGCAAAGGGAAAGCAAGGGUUAUCAGUUUUGGACUCAAGCUGACCGGCAAGGGCUUUUCUCAAUUAAAAAUAUUCGGCCUGGAAACUAUAGUUUAUAUGCUUCCGUCUCAGGCUUUAUUGGGGACUACAAAUAUGAUAAUAUUAUUACCAUCCAACCAGGGUCCAAUAUCAAAUUGGACAUCCUUGUAUACAAGCCUCCAAGAAAUGGUCCUACUCUUUGGGAAAUUGGCAUCCCUGAUCGUACUGCUGCUGAGUUCUACGUACCAGACCCCUAUCCAAAUCUCACCAACACUUUGUUCAAUAAUAAUCCCAAAAACAAGUUUAGGCAAUACGGCUUGUGGGACCGUUAUGCAGAUUUAUAUCCUAAAGAAGAUCUCAGCUAUACCAUCGAUUUCCACGACUAUCGAAAAGAUUGGUUUUUUGCCCAUGUCACUAGGAAAACCGGAGAUCGCUCGUAUAAAGCAACCACAUGGCAGGUUAUAUUCGAACUUGAAAAUGGACCCAACAAUGGAGAUUACACACUCCAAAUUGCAUUGGCCUGGGCAUCGUUUUCUGAAUUGCAGGUUCGGUUCAACGACAAAGGAUGUAGGCCAGCUCAUUUUACAACAGGGUUAAUAGGAAAAGGAAAGGAUAAUGCCAUAGCAAGGCAUGGUAUCCAUGGCUUGUACUGGUUUUAUAGCAUCAAAGUCCCAAGCUACCGGCUUCGACAAGGAAACAACACCAUCUAUCUUACUCAAUCCAAAGCCAAAGGCCAUUUCAAUGGAAUUAUGUAUGAUUAUAUCAGACUAGAAGGACCUUCACUAUAA